AUGGAAAAUAAAAGGACUGGUUUUAGCGCCCUUGGAUUUCCUUAUCCAUUAUAUGUUGUUGACGUUCUGGAUCGAAACUCUUUGGUUGUAGCGGGUGGAGGAGGUUCCGUAAAAACGGGUGUUCCUAAUCGGAUAGAUAUUAUCAAUCUCUAUCGAAAUGGCCUUGAUGCUCGCACUCCCGUUGAUGUUCAGAAAUCCGGUGGUUUGGACACUGGCACAGAAGCUGUUAUGAGUUUGACGGUCGUCAAUCCUGGAGACGGUGGUUUUAUUGCUAGUUUGGAAGGUCAGAAGUGUGUAGAGUACAUUGUACAAUCAAAAGUGAAUCUUGUUACCUCACUGCCAAAGUUAUUAAAUGUUGAAAAGCCUGAUUCUACUACAGAUGUCUUAGAGGAAACUAACUUACGUCACAGAUCAGGUACGUUUUGUCAUGUUCUUUUCUGGUUAUUAGGUCAAUCAGUCAUCCACAACGUAGGACCAGGCACAUACAUGCAUCGGUUCAAGUUGCCAUACCACAUUAGCAUAGCAAGAUGAACACCGGACUCAUAGAAGCAGUUAAGUCAAUGGUGGUAAUAUAUAAAAGAAAGAUUGCAGAUAAGGAUAUAGUACAGGAAGAAAGAAUUAGUUCGUAGGAAGAAAGAAAUGAGGCGAUUUUAAUCUCAUAGUUUGAGGGAAGACAAAGAGUGUAUACACCGACAUCAUUGUGAUCGAUUCUGAGCCAUGUCACCAAGAGUCUCCAACCAUUGGUUACGAUAGUCACAUGCACCCCAACCAAGUAUUCUGCAUCUACCAACAUUGCUCAGACCAGAAGUUAGUGACUGCAAUGAGUGAUGCCACGUUUUGGUUUGGCCACCCCUGACUUUCUUCCAACCAUCCCCAACACUAGUCAGCAUUGCUCAUCGUGGUAAUCGGUGUUCAGGAAUAUGUAACACGUGGCCCAACCACCUGAGUCGAUAUAGAUUCGCAACCUCAUCAACUGAUGUACCAUUAUUCACUAAUACCCUGUAUCUAACCUCACUAUUACUUACCUGGUUAUAUAUAAUGAUCAGAAGUAGUCGGAUUAUUGUACUAGCUAGGAACCAAAAUAGUGCAAUUUACAGCAAGUAGAACUAAAUGAACGUAUUUUCUUUGGAAUUCGUAAUAAGCGGGUAAUCAAGUACAAAAGAAUCAUUAGUUCUUACAAAUACUGCAUAAUCCCAGCAGAUGUGAGCAAUAUUUCUAAGACAUCUGUGAUCAAAUACUAGUAACUCACGAGUAUCUUCUACUCUCAAUGGCCACGUUUCGCAGCCGUAAAGUAGAACAGAACGAACUGCAGCGCAGUAUACUCGUUCUUUAAAUGAUAGACGGAUAUCUCGCCUUCGCCAUAGGUGACGUAAGUUGGCAAAAGCCAAGCGAGCUUUUCGAAUCCGUGCAGAGAUUUCGUCAGACAUCAACCGAUUAAGGCUGAUUAGACUUCCAAGAUAAGUGAAGUUGUCAACGCGUUCGACUACUUCACUCCUUAUCCUUAGUUCAGGUGUUGACGCAGACCAGUCCUGAAGCAACAACUUGCAUUUAGUGGGGGGGAGAAGCGCAUCCCAAACAUCCUGCCAUUGUUGCCGCGUGCUAAUAAAAGACUGGAUUUUAUAGGCGUCUUCACCAAACAGGACUAUAUCAUCUGCGUAUUCUAAGUUGAUAAGUGAACCUCCUGAUAGGAGAUAAAUGCCCGAAAAUUCAGACGACGAGGUUAUUCCCAGUAGUAAAUCAAUGAUAAAACUAAACAAAAAUGGAGAUAUUGGACAGUCUUGUUGGACAUCACGUGAGGUUGCAAAAUCUGAUGACAGUUCGCCAUAAGCUAUGACUCGACUAGUAGUGUUCGAGUAAAGAACCUUCACAAGGUUUAUGUACUUCUGAGGUACGAGAUUCUAGGGUUCUAGCCAAGGAAGCCUGUUGACCGAUUUGACAUAGGGUGCGUACGCUGAAGGCUCCAAUGUGUAGUUUGGAGCGAGAUUUCAAUAGACCUGGGACAGGGUUUUAAGCACUAGAAUCGUUGGCUAUGGUGACAUUUGAGGAGGAAGCCGAAAAAGGAUGUUUGGAGGUGAAAGUCGAUGUAGGAGGAAUAAUAGAAAGUGAAGAUGGAGGUUGAUUAUGAAUACAGUGGUUUUGAGUGCUGUUAGGGGUAUGAGGGCGGUUAUCACUUGCCGGUUGCCCACACCGUGGAAGGAUUCUUCUGGAGGUACCUGAAAAGGAAAUUGGAUUAGAGAUGGUCUUAGUAACCUGAGAGCGUGACCACAGUGCCCAAGGGUCAACUGCUUGAGGUCGGUCACACACGACCUUUUUAUGGGUAAUUUUCGUGUCAGCUCCGUACUUUUUGGGACCUUACGGCCAGAGACGGAUAUCCGUGGGAUAAGGCGAGGUGUGCAUUUUUAGGGUCGACCUUUUCUAACCCCACCCCUUCUUAUGAGAAGGCAGCAUCGCUGUCAUGCUGGUUGUCUGAAGGAAACACCUUACUGCUGUCACACCUCUGUACAGUGAGCAGUACGACUUCGCCUUCGGACCUUGGGUUUGUUGCUCUUAGUCUUACCGCUCUUCAACCGACCUGUCUGACGUGGUAGGACCUUGAGAAACAGUUGUUCUAGUCAGUAUAGCUCGGUUGCUUUAUCACGAUAGGCAAGCCCGACCACCACGUCAAGGUAGCAACAACGGUUAUCAUUAUUAUUAUUGUUCUUGUUAUUACUGUUAUUCCACUCAUACACUAAUCCCUUUUCAUUAUUGUUCUUUUUAUUGUACUCACCCUUCAUUCUCUUCUCUUCGCAACUUCAUUGUUAUUGUGUGGCACAUAUGUAUUUGGUGCCCCCUUGUCCCAAAGUUUAUGUGUUCAAAGAAAUAAACUGUUCUGAUAUGGUGCGGUAACAGAUUGAUGCAAAUAUGUGCCAAAUGCUACUUUGUUUGUAACUGUAUGACUGUUUCGCUUUUACAUUUUUCCGAGUUGUCAUUACGAAAAACCUAUGCGUCGCUAUGAGAUCAACAGGCCGGAUUUCGUAAGGAUCGGUCGUGCACAGACCAAAUCGCGGCUCUACGGAUCAUCGUUAAACAAUCAGUUGAGUGGGAUUCGUCGAUUUACUGUUGUGACAUCUUAGACUAGUUCACAUUAUUAUGCUCGAUUUUAAUUAGCAUUUAUUUGUAUACCUGUUUUAUAAAACAUCGGACAUAAGUUGUCCAGCCAAGUUUGUUUAACUCAACUUAAUCCCAAGCAAGUAACACAACAGAAUUACAAAUUUUAUAUGGUCUUUAUAAUGAAAAUACACUUUUGUCCAGUCUGUAUGUUCUUAACAAGCUACUAUAGGAUCUUGGCCCUGUUUAAAAUGUUCACAAAAAUACAUUCAUAUGUAUUGAACCCGUUCAUGUUACCUGAUUUUAUUCACUCAUGCUUUCCUUUAUUCUCAUAUCUAGACAUUUUACUUAAUAAUUACUAUGGUGUAUUCUGUAAAUAUCUGGUUUAGGAAGGCAUUGGAAGGAUGACAAAGAUUCUAAGUUGAAUAAGAUGUCUACCUCAACGCAGGACUCUGAUAAGAAAGACAAGAAAAAUAGUGUAUGUGAACCAGUGCCUUUAGAAUGGGAAUUAACCAAAGUUCGUGAAUACACACUCAUGGAACAGAUUUCUUGUUCAGCUGAUGAUUCUGGCUCUGAAUCACCAUCGGGAUCUGCACCGAAAAGUUUGUCGGGAAUGCCUACAUGUGUAACACAUGGUGGACCUGCUGGUACUUGGUUAGCUAUUGGUUCUGAUAGUGGAUCUGUCUUUCUUAUCAAUCGUCAUGUUCAACAACGUUUUCUUGACGAAAAACAACUAGGUGAUAGUCCGUAUCAGUCACUGAUUGUAUAUCCAGAUGUUAGUGGUGGCUUGUCAACUGGUGUUUGCAGUAUGGCUUUUUCACAUGCAUAUGCAUCUAAACAGGAUGAUUCUACUUCAUAUCCCCUAUUGGCUACAAUAUGCGAUAGACCUGAUUGGAGUACAUUAAGAGUAUGGUGUACUAAUGUUAAUCUCCCAUCAAAAUCACUCCUAUUUUUAAAUGAUAUUAAAUCAAUGCAUUCAACACUGAAUUCUCGUCAACAACUGGUCAAAUUAAAAACUAACACUUCAAAAAGAAAUCCUAGUAAUGAAAGAGGUAUUCGAAUGAAAACUUUCCUAUCAAAUUCAGACAAUGAUAAUUCAUUUAAAAUUCAAGAUGAUAUUUUAUUCAGUCAAUCAAUGGAAAAAUAUCCAUAUGCAAUUGCUUCUUGCAGUUCUUUGUCAUCUUAUGGAACUACACCGCCACCUUCACCGAAUCUUGUAUCUACAUCGAAUAAAGUAGUAAGUAGUGAUGAUAACAAAUCUGUGUUAUUUUAUUUUUCAUUUUACUUUAAUUGAUCAUAUGUAAUAUAAUUUGAACUGUAGUUCAAACUUGUAGUCAGAUCAUUAAAAAUUUUGUGCUUAGGUAACUAAGUAACAAUAUUAAUUAGCCACUGACAUAAGAACCUAUUGCAUAACUUGACUUUAUUUAUUUUAGGCCUCGGUUAAUUUCAUAUGUCUUCUAUGGUAAUCCCGUUGUCAAGUCAGAUUAACUUGACGGCCUGAUAUUAAAAGUCAGAUACUCAAUAUUUUGGUAAUAGAUAUGUUUCAAAUUGAUUCAAUAGACCACAGAGAUUGUAGAAAGUAUGAAAUGUGUCUGAUGUGGAUCGGUAUAGCGGUCAGUCUUUAUGUUUUAUGGAUUGAUUAAAGUAGUAAUCAAUUGUAGUAUAAAUUAUUGAAUGUGCUCAUAUGUUACAAGUGGUUGAUGGAUACAGCCGACAAAUUGUAACACACAAAAAUGGAUAAAAGUCAAUAGUUAAUUAUGGGAAUAAGUAUAAAAUAAAUAAUAGGACUAAACUUGACAUGUUUAGUAGUCAAAUGUGUGUUAGGCCGUAUACUUGCUUGAACUACUCUAGGUGUAUAUAGUAAAGUGUUUUAGGUGAACAAUAUGAGGCUGUUACAAACUACAUUGAAACACCAAACCACAGAAUCGAGUCCCAUUUGUCAAUCAGUGAACGGAUAGUUAAGGAAUAUAGUUGAUUCUUACGUAAUAGGUGGUAAUUCAUUGUUUCAGCCCAGUUGUCUACUAUGACUUUGUCUUGGUGAUUUAUUAGGUGAGGUUUGUAACAGAUAAUUUAAGCAAUUUAUACUGGAACAUAGUAAUAAUUAUCCGAAAUGCAGUUCCAGGGGGUACCUUCUACUUUGCAAUUACUUUGAUGUGUGGUAGUGACUUGAUGGUUAGAGCACUCGGUUACCAACCGUUAGGUUUCAGGUUAUAAUUAAGUUCUACUUCAGGUUGAACAACCCGGUAUUAUCCCAUCAUAAAGGUGUAUUUCCAGGAUUACUACGUUAAUGUAUAAUCUAAUUUCAAAUUUCUCAAAAAUGCAUAUUCUAGUAUCUUAACCCAUACUUCUAGAAUACGAUUACCUUAUAGUUCAUAGCAUAUGCAUGUAUAACGACCGUACUUAUCACUAAAUUAUAAACAUGUUGCUUCAUUUUGACAAUUAAUUAUGCCAAAACAGUGGUUUUAUGUUGCUUUCUUACUCUUUACUGUACCAUUCAUAUAACCAGUAAUCAUAGAUAUCCGAUUUCUGUGGUAAUAUUAUUGAUAAGAUGACCUCAAAUUAUCUAAUUUUACAAAUAAUUGAUAUUUCUAAUGUGUGAGGAAAUCCUCAGUAAAUUUUUUUUUAUCGGAAGGGGUUUUGUGGAGUUUAGUAAUUUCAAUAGUUGAAAUCAUGAGUCAAUUGAAGCUAGCCCACCAUGGAAAACCUGGAAGCACUGAACGGCUGUUUCGUCGUAGUAUGGGACUUCUCACCAGUGCGUAUCCACGAUCCCGCCCCCUGCGAGAUUCGAACUCAGGACCUACCAGUCUCGCGCGCGAGCGCUUGACCGUUAGACCACUGAACCGGCAUCCAACGGUGUUAAUGUCUAACUUCAACCAAUUCACGAAAUUGCGCCACCGUACACCAUUGUCUUCAGUGGGCUGAUAUCUCACAACAGACCUGGUUGAACUCCACUGGUCACGGCUGACAGGUCCUGGGUUCGAAUCUCGCUGGGGGCAGGAUCAUGGAUGCGCACUGCUGAGGAGUCCCAUACUGGGACGAAACGGCCGUCCAGUGGUCCUAGGUCUCCCAUGGUGGUCUAGCUUCAAUUGACUCAUGAUUUCAACUAUUGAAAUUUGUUUCUGUUUAGACUUCUACACGGACGCUUUUCUCAUCUGAAUGGUCGUUAUCGCUUUGAUUUUGCCAAUUUUAUAUUUCUUAAAAUCGUCCUUUUAGCUAUACAAACACUUGUUUUAUUACAAUUUCAAUUUGUUGAAUAUUAAACUUUUUUCUCAGUUUUUAACUCUCUUCUCUUUCAUUCACGUGUAAAUUCUUGUUGAAGUUGUUAUGUGUCAAUCUUGCGGUCUAUCUGGUUAGCGUAAAUCUCGUUUUGUAUUAGAGAAAUCUUAAAAUCAUUCAGAAUUCAGAAUCACCUCAAAGUAUUCCAAAAUAUAACGAUUAUUUGGUGAACUAUUUAAACAACAGACGCUAUUGUACAAUCAAAUUUUGUUUUUACUGUUUUUUGUAAGUUUAGUCAUCAUUAGAAUAUUAUCAGAAUUGAGAUUUGUGGAAAUUGUAGUAAUUUUAGUAGUUGAUCUUAGUCGAUCUAAGCUAGACCACUAUUUAAAACCUGUAGGCACUGGACGGCUGUUUUGUCCUAGUAUGGGACUCCGUAGCAGUGUGAGUCCGCGAUCCCUCACUCGGGACACGAACCCAGUGUAUUCGGUCUCGAGUGUGAACACCUAACCUCGUGAUCACUGAGCCGGCAUCCAACGGUGAUAAUGCCUAACUUCAAUCAAUUCAUGAUCUUGAGCAACCCUUCAUCUAUUGUCUGGAGUGGAUAACUGUCUCCACCCGUUACCGAUUGGACUCCACUGGUCACGGCUUCUCAUUAGAACUCCAAAAUGAAGGGUUGUGCAAGAUCAUGGAUCAAUUGAAAUUAGGCAUUGACACCGUUCCAUAUAGACUCAGUAGUCUAGAGGUUAAGCGUUUGUGUGCGGGGUCGUGGGUGCGCAUUACUAAGGAGUUCCAUACUAGGACAAAACAGCCGUCCAGUGCCUCCAGGUGGUCUAGCUUAGAUCGACUGAUGAAUUCAAAUAUUAAAAUUAUUGGAAUAAUUAAAUAAUUUGAGUAAAUAUAUGCAUAGGAUUUUUGUGAACGAUUUUCAUUUAUAACCAUUGACAUGUUAUAGUGAUCUUAUCAUUAUUAUAUAAUCUAAUAGGCAUCUUUGUAGUUAUUUUCUACUUUACUAAACUGCUAAGUGUUUUUUAUCAUUUUGUAAAUUGUAGACAUCAGAACGUUCUUCGGAUCGUUCUAAUUAUCGCUUCAGACAUUGUCAGUUUAUGAAAUAUUCUCUCAAAUCUCCAAUUUCAUCGAAUCAAUCUUUAUCUUCCUCUGAAGGUUUAAAGACCAGUGAAAUUUAUACUGUUGAAUCUAUGCUUGUUACUACGAUUCAGCCUUUGUGUGCAAAUCGUCGGAGUUUUAGUCGUUUAGUUGUAUGGUCAGUACCGCAUCCUUCUGAGGCGGCAACCUUUGAAUCGUUAUCGUCAAAUAAUAUAAAAAUGCAUCAACCAAUUCAACUCAACACUUUUGCAGAAAUUACUCUUCCUCAGGGACAUUUACCUGCUUGUCUAGCUGUUCAUCCAAGUCGGUCACGAGGCUUAAUUGGUGUGGGCACUAUGGAAGGACGUGUUGAUGUGUAUUUGUAAGUUUACUACUUAAAUUUUAUUAUGUUGGUUAUAUUUACAGUUUAUGUAAAUCAAUAAACUUAUGCGAGUUCCGUACAAUACUAAUGACUGAUAUCUUUCAUUGGGCCAGUUAGAAUUGAUGUAACAACACUCCAUCAAUAAUUUUAUUGUUUGGAGUAUUGUUUGAAAUAUUUGAAAAAAAAAACGAAACUUAACUAUCAUAAUAUCAGUAAUUCCUUACUGAAGUUUUAUUCUAAUGAUGAAUUUGCCACAGUCUAUACAAACAACAACUGAUGGCACAUUCAAAUGGCUGGCAGUGUCACCUAUUUUUCCUCCCUUUCUUGAGAAAAUGUUUCCUUCGUGAACAGAUUCUACACUUUCCUUUUUCAUGGAAUGCUCAUCGAGUUUAUAUCAUAAGGUUUCCUCCUACAUUGGUUAUAGAUGAUGGUAUUAUAACAACAUGAAUAUAUUUCAUUGAUCUACUAGUUUCUCGAGUUCACCUUCUAUAAGAUCGGUUCAUAAAACUAACUAUUCAAGAAGAACGACAAUCUUCUAUGGAUACUAAUUCUAUGUUGUCUAAUAACUAAGUUUCAUACACAUAGUUGUUCCCCUUAUCAUCAUAAUGAUAACAAGGACAAACAUUCUAUUUCGUUUGGUUCUCAUCAACUGCUUAUAACCUGUGAUAUUUAAAAGCCUAACUACAAAAUGAAUUUAAAUUACUUACAUAUCAGCAUAGUUAUAGCAAGGAUAUAAACAAAUUUAAUAGACUGAAUAAAAUUGUUAAUAUUUACCUUGUGUAAAAGAACAUUCUACAACAUUGAUUGUAACAAGAGUUUAAAGGGUUUAGAAACAAGUGGUUAGUUACCUAAUGAAUAAACUCUGAUAAUAAGUAAGAAUAAAAUGAGUAAAGUUCAUUUGAUUAGAAUAAGAUUACUGAUCUAGAAGACAAUCGAAAUGAACUAAGAAACGUAAUGAUGUUAUUAAUUCUUGCUCUCUUUAAUAUAAUAACUAGGUGUUCCGUUAUUAUCAUCCAUCGUCCAUAUCAGGAUUAACAUUGAUAAUCUUCAAUGUAGGCAUCUUGAUUAGGAAUUCAAUAAUCCACUUAAAAGGUUAAUUGUAAGACCGAUAUAACAAGUAAUAAAUUAUAAUUUUGUGAAUAUCUUUAUUUCUAUUAUGAAAGGUACUCGUUUUUCAUAUAUGAACUACUCUUUUGCAGAGAAGUAAAACUGUUAUAGUCUAUAAAAGCAGAGCCACUAAAUGCCCUGGUACGGCCGAUAGUGGGGAAAGUCAGCUCUCCCUCUCGAAAUCCUCUCACAUGGUCACAUGCAUACAAUCACUGCCUUCUCGCGGCAAGGGUGUUUUUUAUGAAAUUGAGAGGACGAAAAGCGAAUAUCCUGUAGUUUAACUCGGAUUUGUGGGUACGGUGGAUCCACUUAGGAAAGUUAAAAACCCUGAUUCCAAGCCAAUAGAGCACAUGGAUUUCAGGAUCCUAAGAAAACAAUUGGCGUAUGAACCUAUUGUUGAUUACCGGUUACCAUGAAAGUGCAUCUCCUUACGAUGCUCCACUGCCUUGUGGAUCAGACCUUCAGGUCGAAGGCUCCGGGUGUGGCCGCCUAAGUAAAUCACCUGCUUCGGUCUGGGCACGCGAGCAGUAUCACAGCCCUCACACAUAUCAAAUGAGAAUAAUGUGGCGCUUAUGUAUUUAGUGCCCCCUUGUACCAAUAUAUGUGUUAAAAUAAAAUAAAUAACUACUGGUAACUUUCGAGUAUCCUCUACUGUUAAUGGUCACGUUUCACAGCCGUAAAGUAGAACAGAAAGAACUGCUGCGUAGUAUACUUGUCCUUUUAUUGAUAGACGGAUAUCACGCCUUCGACAUAGGUGACAUAAAUUGGCAAAAGCCAAACGAGCUUUUCGAAUCCGUGCAGAGAUUUCGUCAGACAUCAACCGAUUACGGCUGAUUAGACUUCCGAGAUAAGUGAAGCUUUCGACGCAUUCGACUACUUCACUCCCUAUCGUUAGUUGAGGUGUUGACACAGACCAGUCCUAAAGCAACAACUUGCUCUCCAAACAUUUUGACAUAACAUUAAAGAUGUAAAUCGCUGAUUGAUCAUAAUAUUUUGCAUAAAUCUUUUCCAUUGCAUUUUCUUUAUUUUAAUGAUAAAAAUGACAAGUUAAUAAUUGUAUUUCUUUUUUUUUCUUUUAAACUUUAUAUCCUAAUUUAGUUUAUCACCGUCAAAUCAUUGUUUAGUCAAUAUUUAUACAUUAAAUAAUGCUCAUCCAAUAUUUGUUACUGCUUUAACUUUCUUACGAGAAGAUUCAUGUGUAUUAGCUAGAACAUCUAAAAAACCUAUAUCUCGUCUUCCAUUAAAAUCAGAUUCAUUUGAUUUAGUUAGUGUAAGUGUAGAUCGUCUUGUAAAAUGGCAUCAUGGUCCAACCUAUUCAAUUGUUGGUAAAUUAUCCCAUGGUAUUAUUAAUAUAAAUAAUAAGAAUAAGAAUAAUGUUAGUUUAUUAAAAACUAUUAUUAAUGCAAAAACAUGUAUUUGUGUAUUUUGUUUAUUCAGUAUAUUAUUUUUACCAAUAUUAAUGGUAUUUCUUGAGUCUAUGUUAUCUAACUUUUAUUAGUUCUUCUAUUUUCUUUUACUAGUUGAAAUUCUUUUUUGUUUGUUUGUUUGUUUGUUCGUUACCUGUUGAUUUGUUUCCCUUUUUUGUGUACCGCUGUUCAUCGAUUUCAGCUCUCCCCAUCUCUCCCUCUCUCUCUCUAUAUAUAUAUAUAUAUAUAAACGUGUAUAUUUUGUCAGGCGUAGUUUACUUCAAUAUGACCGAUAUGUCUUUCAUUAGUCCAAUUCAUCUACUCAUUUAUUCUCUUAUUCAUCUUUUGACAUUAUAUAAUUAGAUAAUAAAAUUGUAAUUUCAUUUUGCCUAAUUUGUUUCAUACUUACUUACGCCUGUUACUCCUCGUGAAGGAGUAUAGGCCAGUUACUAGCAUUCUCUAUCCAACCCUGUCAUGGGCAAUCUUUUCCAGCUCCUUCCAAUUGUUAUUCAUCCUUUUCAUAAUUAUAAAUAAAUUAUAUAUGCAUAGAAAAUGAUGUACUUGUAUACCGUGUACACAAUAAUCUUUAUGAUGUGUGUGUGUGUAUGCUUUGUUCUAUUCUAUUCUAUUCUGUUUUGUUCUAGAUCAUCUAAACAUACUAUCCAUUGAAUAUUUAUCGUUCCUGUUAAUAAUUGCCUUUUAUGGUUUCGGUUACUGAAUGUUUUAAUUGAUUGUAGAUAUAAUUAAUUAAUUAAUUAGUUAAAUGAAAGUGAAUAAUGUAUGGGUGUAUGUAUGUGUGUGUGUUUGUAUGUGAUACAUAUAUACAGUCAAUCACUUGAGAACUAAAUUGAUUUCUUAAAAGCUUAUUCUUUCUCUUCUAAUUUAGAUUAAAGGUUGUUUGUUUGUUUGUUUUUCACAAGAAAAAUGUUUACUUGGUUUCAUUCAAUUUUUAUCAAUCCAAAUGAAUCAGUAGUAUCAGUCAUUUGGAUUCAUUCAUUGAUUAUUAUCAAUUUUGUUAUUCUUUCUAGUUGAUCAUUAUUAUUAUCUUUAUUGAUUUCGUCAUAUUCACUUCUCUUCAAAUUGUACUUGUUUUUUUCUUUUCUUUUCUUUCUUUCUUGUCUUCUUUCAUCUUAUUCCACAAGUAAUUCAAUGGUUAUUAUUAUUAUUAUUAUUAAAACUAAUCAUCUUGAUGAGUUAUGUUUUGCAAAAGCUUAAAAAUUAAUAAAUAAACAGAAUAGAGACAAUUUCCUUCACUUAUCAGACUAGUUUAUAAGAGCGUAAAAUUUUAAUGAGUAUUUCCCCCCCUCUAAUUUUUCUUCCUCUUUUUUCUCCCCUCCCCCUCUAUAAAACAGCAUUAUUCAUGAUUUAAAUAAUAAAAAAAAAUUUUUUAAAGGAUGAUCUGUUUGAUGAAUAUCUAGGCUACUUGUUCCUGCUAUGUAUCUAGAUAUUUUGUUUGUUUGUUUGUUUUCACAUAUUAUUAUGUUAAUUAAUUGCAUAAUCUAUUCAAAUGGGUUUAUGAAUAGUUUACAACCUUUCGUUAUAAAAGUUAUAAAAACUUACAAUCGGAGACAUUAUGAUGGUUGAUAAUAUGUAUUGAAAAGAGUGUAUAUUAUUCAAAUGUUGACUUUUGAAAUCUCAAUAUCCACUUACUUACUUACUUACGCCUGUUACUCCUCGUGAAUGAGCAUAGGCCGCUCAUCAGCAUUCUCCAUCCAACCCUGUCCUGGGCAAUCCUUUCUAGCUCCUUCUAGUUGUUAUUCAUCCCUUUCAUAUCUGCUUCUAUUAUCCGGCGUAAUGUGUUCUUUGGCCUUCCUCUUUUCCGCUUCCCUUCAGGAUUCCAAGUUAGAGCUUGCCUCGUGAUGCAGUUUGACGAUUUGCGUAAUGUAUGUCUUAUCUAUUUUCAUCGUCAUUUCCUAAUUUCCUCUUCAACUGGAAGUUGGUUUGUUCUCUCUCACAGUAGGCUGUUGCUGAUGGUAUCCGGCCAAUGGAUGUUGAGUAUCUGAUGAUUAUUCAAUAUGUUAUUGUCAGGAUCGUUCAAGAAAUAAGUAAAGUAUAACUUAUUGAAAUAAUUUGUAUUGAGAAUUCUAUAUUAUAACAAGUAAUACAGUGAGAUCAAAUUAUAAAGUUGAAUCAUAAAAAUAGUAGUUCUAUCAAUGAUAGAAAGAGAUAAUGGGAAAACAGAUUAUGAUUAUAGAAAAGAAGAAUAUUUAAUAGGAUAUAAAGUUGAAAUUUAAGGUCUAUAUGAUGGACACACAAAAAGUGUGGAUGUAUCUGGAUCAUUAUUACUUAUUUUAAAUUACUUUAUCCUAUUUCUUCUACUAUUAACUAGAGUUUUGCAUGAACUUCAAUCACAUAGUUUGAACUUACCAACACUGCUCAAAUCAGUCAGUAACUUCAGUAUGGUGACUGUACUUAUUUCAGAGUACUAAGCCAGUCAGGAUUGUAUGUUGAGGUAAGGUGUGAUUGGUUAUGUCACAUACCAGCCGUUUCAGUGGAUGAGGAUUCACAAAUUCAUAGUCUCACAUGGAGUCAUUAACUGAUAUCCUACAUCUAAGACUAUAACUACUCACUUGGUGGUCCUAAUGUAUACGAGCAAUGGUCUGAAGACACUAAAGCCAGUUGAGUAUUCUAAAUCUGUGCUAAGAUUUCGCUAAACGAUAAUUCACCAGGAUCUAUAAGACUUUCAAGACAAAUAACUUGGUCGAUGUGCUUAACUAUAUCACUCUCCAUUGUUAGUUUUGGAGUUGAUGCUCUGUUUCUGAAGAUAAUAGGAUUUUAAAAGUAAUUGUCAGAAGCAGUCUGUUGCAAAUGAUUUUUCAUUGAUUCUGAGUUUAGUCAGGGGUCACAGAUAUCCCGGAUAUUGCCGUUUACGAUUAUUGGACAUGUGUGGUGCAUAUUCCAACCUGCUAACUCACUGGUGAUUCACAAUCAACAUACCAUUUUCAUUUGUCACUCUAUACCGACCUAGCUACAACAUUACUUUGUUGGUUUAGCUUUAGUAAACCAAGUACCUUCAACAAACCUAGAUUGGUAUGUAAACUCAAAUACGUGGUAAAUGUAACGGAAUCAUUCCUAUUCAAAGUUUAAAGUACAAAAGCUAGUGAAUAAAGUAAUUUUGUAGCCCGGUAUCUGAUUAUAAUUCGGUCGUACGAGGGUGCUAUGAACAUAAAUAUUCCAUUUAAUUCCGUAUAUUACCUAGGCUAACCCUGUUUAUGUGACGGGGGUAAUGUGAAGCCAAAUGUGCGUUGUGUUGGAUGAAGCACUCAUAUAUCACAAUAAAAAGCGGAGCAAAGACGAGUGAGCCGACUCGAUUUAAUUAAGCGUGACUCAAUAUUUAUAAUCGGACAAAAACAAGUAGGAUAAGCAAUGCACACACAUGCACUCCUAUAAAAACAAUCAAAGUUAAUAAGCAAAUAAUUAACAAAGCAAAAAGGUAGUUAAAGAAAGAUACUCAACACUACACAGUCAUUUCUCUAGCAUUGUUCUACAUCACAAAUGUACUUUUAUUGGUUCGUUCCUUUUAAUGAAAUAAUUUUAUAUAGUUCUGAUCAUUGGUUAUCUUUCAACUCAGAAUGACUAAUGAGAUUACUUUUCAUAUCUUCAUUGAUUUAUUCAAUGUAAGUGUAAUAAUUUUUCAUUAGCAGCUUAAACAACAUGACAAGAGAGUAUGAAUUACUCUAUUAGGGUCUUAUAUCAAUCAUUUUCAAUUAUCCAAUAAGAACUAAAAUGGAAGCAUAGUC